AUGACAACCUUUUCAACUGAAUUCUUAUCACACACUCUCAAUUUCAGAAACCACCCAAACCGCACUUCUCGCCGUUCAAAUCCCAACACUAUCGUCACUUCCUCAACCCCAGGCAACACCAACAACCGAAGAACAAGAAUCAGGGUCAAUGAAACAAGGCCAAAACUUGAUCAAGAUUACGAUGAAGCUCUCAUUAGGUCAUUCAAAUCAGCUAAGUACAAUCGAGCUCUCCGCUUUCUUAAGCGCAUGGUUGACAGGGAGGGUGAAAGAAAAACUUCUGCAAGUUCAAGCUUAUCCGAGGACGGUCGAAUAAUUAGUGUUGGUGAUUGUGCUCUCUUCAAACCAUCAAAAGAUCGCCCGCCUUUUAUUGGAGUAAUUCGUAGUUUGAUACUUGGUAAAGAAAGUAAAUUAAAGUUAAGUGUUAAUUGGCUUUAUCGGUCCAUUGAAGUAAAACUCAGCAAAGCAGAGCCCUUGGAGGCUGCUCCCAACGAGAUUUUCUACUCCCUUCAUAAGAGUGAGAUUGAUGCUGAAUUGCUAAUCCAUCCUUGUAAAGUUGCAUUCCUUCCUAAAGGCGUCAAACUUCCUGAAGGGAUUUCAUCAUUUGUAACUUUUCUCUUCCACUUGCUUCGCUGCUCUCCAAACCCUCGUAACGAGCCAGUUGUAAUAGCACGCGGAGGAUUCACGGGUCUAUUCCCAGAAGGAAGUAGAGAAGCAAUCGGCAUGUCGAAGGAGAUAAGCAUUUUUCUUUGUAAUGUUCAGUUUACAAAAGAUGCUGGUGCCUUUUGUGUGACAGGAGUUAAACUUGACAAUGCAACAACUAUAGCAACGUUUGAUCCAAAUGAGAAAACCUACAACAUUAAUGGAAAGGAUGUGCAAGGACACUUCAUGGUGGAUUACACUGCUGCUCAGAUUGACCAUAAUGUGUCGAUGAAUCAGGCCAUUUUUUCGCGUCCAAGUUUCUACGACGGCUUAUCUCCCAUACUCAAUGUUGAUGGUAUUCUAAGUAGCAAAACUCCACCAAGGGUUUGGUUGAAUUUUCAGUACCAAGCAUUUUAUGACCAACACGACGUAAAGCUAGUUGAUAAAGUACUAGAAAUGUUGAGACUUUAUACUAUAGACUUUAUUUCAUCUCCAGAGAUCGGUUUCUUAACAAGUGUCAAUGAGAAAGUUAGGAAGAAAACAAAGUUCGUCUUUCAAUUUCUUAACGCAAGUGAUGUCGAACCAACAAUAAUGCAACCGUAUGGCACCAUUGUGAAAGAUCUUGCGGCAAUCAAGUCAUAUGCAUCUGGCAUAAUAGUGCCGAAAGAAUACAUAUGGCCAGUUAAACCAGACAAUUACUUGGGGCCUCUCACAACCCUAGUAUCUGAUGCACAUAAACAAGGACUGGAAGUGUAUGCUUCUGGUUUUGCGAAUGAUUUCUUUUCAAGCUAUGAUUAUAACUAUGAUCCUACUGCUGAGUACCUACAAUUUAUAGCGAAAGACGAAUGUGUUGAUGGUCUUGUUACUGAUUUUCCUUCAACCGCAUCAAAUUCUAUAGCAUGCUUUGCACUCAACAAUACACUGCCGAAAAAAGGACAACCUUUGAUCAUUAGCAAUAACGGAGCAAGUGGCGUUUAUCCAGGUUCUACCAAUCUUGCUUAUCAACAAGCAAUAGACGACGGAGCUGGCAUUAUAGAUUGCUCGGUUCAAAUGACAAAAGAUGGAAUUUCAUUCUGCUCAAAUACAGCAGACCUAAUGGCAGAUACAACUGCUAUGACUAAAUUCAUGUCGCGGACUUCCAAUGUUCCAGAAAUUCAACCAAAUAGUGGAAUUUUCUCCUUCGAUCUCACGUGGAACGAGAUCCAAAGCUUGCAACCUCAAAUUGCUAACCCUCUUGGCAGUGACUUCAAAAGAAAUCCAGCAAACAAGAAAAAACACAGGUUGGGGACACACACUUCUGCGACGGUAAAGCAACCGUCGUGGAAAGCAAAUUGCGACGGUUUUAACCGUCAUAAUCUACAAAAAUACCUGUCGCAAUCUGCCAAUUUUCUUGUAGUGGGGUGCUUGGUGAUUACUUAUAAGUCCUAUACCCGGACUUGGGCAAACUUUAAGAUAGGACGGGCGUGUCGUUUACCGAGUAAUCAGGAAGACGUACUGCUUUCGACCUGGGAGCCUGCCGAAGCUGAGGACCGUAGAUUACCUAACCCCUCUUGGCCUUUUAGGUACUUUUUAACCAUGGAUUCUGGAAAGAGAAAGACCGGGAAAUACAGUUUCAAGGAUCCUAAGAUAGAUGAGUUGAUCAGUCUAAUUCCCGAGAUCGAGUGUUCUGCAGACUUUCGUAAGAAGUAUGGAUCCAUUAUUCCUCCCAUGAAGCUGAAGAUGAAGGAGGGUUUUCUCUCAACUUUGGUCCAGUUCUAUGAUCCGGUGUAUCACUGCUUUACUUUUCCCAAUUAUCAGUUGAUGCCAACAUUGGAAGAGUAUUCCUAUCUAUUGGAUUUACCUGUUAUCGAUCUCGUUCCUUUUACUGGUUUAGAGGGUGAGCCAAAACCACAUGAGAUUGCUGCUUUGAUUCAUCUGGGGAAGUCUGAGGUGGAAGCUCAUAUGACUACCAAAGGAGGGAUUAGAGGAUUACCAACUCAGUUCUUAUUGGAUAAAGCUCGUUACUUUUCCAGGAUGAAGAGUACGGUUGCUUUUGAGGCCAUCUUUGCUUUACUCGCCUAUGGAUUAUUCUUAUUUCCUAAUGUGGACAAGUUUGUCGACAUUAACGCUAUCAACAUUUUCAUGAUUGGAACCCGUUGUGGUAGUUUCCCCAAUGUGCCUCUUCUUGGUACAAAGGGAGGAAUUAACUAUAACCUUGUUCUUGCACGGCGACAACUUGGUUAUCCGAUGAGGGAUAAACCGAACAAUAUUCAUCUGAGUAGUUUCUUUCUGAAGGAAGGAGAAGACCACAGGGAAGCUAGGGAGCAGACUGCGAAGGCCUGGCGUCACAUUCAUAAGAAGAGUAGGAAGGAUUUGGGACCUAGGGGUGUUAUUUCUUUGGAGCCAUAUCUUCAGUGGGUCCGAUCGAGAGCCAUUCAGUUGAAGAUGCCGUAUACUCGGGAGACACCCAUGCCUGAUUUGUUUGUAAAUACCACUCCUCCCUUAUUAGAUGAUCUAGAAGAGCUGCAACUUGCUUUGGUUAGGAUGCAACAGGAAACGGAUGCUUGGAAGAACAAGUUCCAGACUUUAGAGAGUUCCUACAGAGCAGACCUGAAGGAGAGAGAUGAUUUGAUCGAGAUCCUUGAGAGUCGAGCAGUAGAGUCUAUGGAGAGGCAAGGAGAUUUAUUUUCUCCUAAGCCUCAAACAGGUGUUGUUUGUUCACUUCCUGAUUCAGAUGAUUGGAAGGAGGUUGCCAUCAGACAUGGGGAAGAAAACCAGAGGUUGAGAGCUCAGAUUUCCAGGCUCACAGGGAAGCGCAUUCGUACAGAUUGA